AAAUGAAGAACCCCACAAGCUGGCCCAACGAAUCAAACAAUAGAGAAGUGUAGCUUCCAAUUUCCUAACAAAUCCAUAAAAAUUAGGGCUUCUAAAAUAAAAUCUCCUUCAAAUUCCCUUUCCUUUCCCACCAUUUUUCUCCUCUGUCGAUCGAUUUCCUUUGUUUCCCUGCAGAGAAUCAAAAUCAUUUUCCAGUUAGGGCAGUACGAUGCCCCUCUUCAUCUCCGACGAUGAACUGGCGCGUCAUUCGGGCGACGUGUCAUUCGUUGCCGCUAAAGCCGAUGAUUACAUCAAAGGUUUACAAGCCGACUUUGAGACGGUGAAGGCAGCCGCAGACGCAGCUGCGAUCACGGCGGAGCAAACAUGCUCGCUUUUGGAGCAGAAGUUCUUGUCUCUGUCGAGCGAAUUCUCAAACCUAGAGUCGCAAAACGCACAGCUUCAGACUUCGCUCGAUGAUCGCCUUUCUGAGCUUGCUGAAGUCCAGGCUCAGAAGCAUCAGCUACAUUUGCAAUCUAUUGCAAAGGAUGGGGAAGUAGAGAGGUUGACAAUGGAGGUGUCUGAGGUCCAUAAGUCAAAGAGACAGUUGAUUGAGUUGGUUGAGCGGAAGGAUUCAGAAAUUAGUGAAAAGAAUAUUAUCAUUAGUGGCUACCUUGAUAAGAUAGUCACUUUGACAGAUAAAGCAGCACAGAAGGAGACUAGAUUAAGUGAAGUUGAGGCAGAGUUGGCUCGAGAACGUGCCAACUCUGCUCGUCUUUCUCAGGAGAAGGAACUUAUUGAGAGGCACAAUGCUUGGCUAAAUGAGGAGUUGACUGCUAAAGUUGACAGUCUCAUCAAGUUGCGUAGGACACAUGCUGAUCUUGAUGAAGAAAUGUCUGCUAAGCUUGCAGAUACAGAGAGGCGAUCAAAUGAAUGCUCUAGCUCUUUAAAGUGGAACAAAGAAAGGGUGAAGGAGUUAGAAAUUAAGUUAGCAUCCAUGCAGGAGGAGUUAUGCUCACAUCGAGAUGCUGCUGCUGCCAAUGAGGAACGGUUUUCUGCUGAAAUAUCAACAAUAAAUAAGCUUGUUGAACUAUAUAAAGAAAGCUCUGAGGAAUGGUCCAAAAAGGCAGGAGAACUUGAAGGUGUAAUCAAAGCUCUGGAGACUCAUUUGAAUCAAGUUGAAAAUGAUUACAAAGAGAGACUUGAUAAGGAAAUAUGUGCAAGAAAUCAAUUGCAGAAGGAGGCAGCAGAUUUGAAAAAUAAACUUGCAAACUGUGAAGCUGAGGUUGAAAGCGGUAGAAAAGCAAAUGAGCUGAAUCUUCUUCCACUUGGCAGUUUAACCAUAGAAAGAUGGAAAGAUUCACUUGAUUCUAGUGAGAUUAUCGAUGAUAACAACUUGCUUGUGCCUAGGAUUCCUGUUGGUGUUUCAGGAACAGCAUUAGCAGCUUCUCUGCUUCGUGAUGGUUGGAGUCUAGCUAAAAUGUACACAAAAUACCAAGAAGCAGUUGAUGCUCUUCGCCAUGAGCAGUUGGGUAGGAAGGAGUCCGAAGCGAUAUUGCAGCGGGUUUUGUAUGAACUAGAGGAGAAAGCUGGCAUCAUUAUGGAUGAAAGAGCGGAAUAUAGUAGAAUGGCAGAAUCACACUCUGUCAUCAACCAAAAGUUGCAGCAUUCAAUAUCUGAACAGGAAAAUCUACAGAAAGCAAUCCAAGAACUAAAGGCGGAUUUGAGAAGGAGUGAACGUGAGAACUCUAUGGCUCAGAAGGAGAUUGUGGAUCUUCAGAAACAGGUCACAGUUCUUCUCAAGGAGUGUCGUGAUAUACAACUUCGGUGCGGGUCUACUGCGCAUGAUGAUGCUGAUGAUUGCACAGCAAUUGUUGCUGUUGAGAUGGAUGUGCAGUCUGAUGCUGAAAAAGUAAUUUCAGAACGCCUUUUGACCUUCAAGGAGAUAAAUGGAUUAGUUGAGCAAAAUGUUCAGCUCAGAAGCCUUUUGCGCAAUCUCUCUGAUCAGGUUGAAAAUAAAGAGAUGGAGUUCAAGGAAAAACUUGAAAUGGAGCUCAAGAAACAUAUGGAUGAAGCUGCUCGCAAAGUGGCUGCUGUAUUAGAACGGGCUGAAGAGCAGAGACAUAUGAUAGAAUCACUUCAUACUUCUGUUGCUAUGUACAAAAGGUUGUAUGAAGAAGAGCACAAACUUCAUUCAUCUUAUUCACAUUCUCCAGACGCACCUUCAGUUGCAGACAAAGGAAGGAAAGACCUCUUGCUUCUGCUUGAAGCCUCUAAGGAUUCUGAUAAGGCUGCCCAAGAAAAGGCUGCUGAACGAAUGAGAUCUCUUGAAGAGGAAUUGACAAAAUCUAGGAGAGAGAUUGUAUCACUACGAUCAGAAUGCGACAAGUUGGCUCUGGAUGCAAAAUACACAAGGGAGAGACUUGAAAAUUGUAUGAAAAAUAGUGAGCAGCAGCAAAAUGAAAUGAACAGCCUUAGAUCAAGGAAUGUGGAGUUCACACAGUUAAUAGUUGAAUACCAAAGAAAAGUACGAGAAAGUUCAGAAGCAUUGCAUGCAGCUGAGGAGCAUUCUCGGAAGUUAAAUAUGGAGGUAUCUGUUCUCAAGCAUGAAAAGCAAAUGGUUUCAAGUGCUGAGAAAAGGGCUUGUGAUGAAGUUCGCAGUUUGUCAGAGCGAGUCUAUCGCCUGCAGGCUAGCUUGGACACAAUUUGUAGUGCUGAGGAGGUUCGUGAGGAAGCAAGGGCUGCAGAGAGGAGUAAACAAGAAGAUUACAUAAAGCGAAUUGAGAGAGAUUGGGCUGAGGUCAAGAAAGAGCUGGAACAGGAGCGAAAUAAUGUCAGAUGUCUCACAUCCGACCGGGAGGAAACUUUGAAAAAUGCAAUGAGGCAAGUUGAGGAAAUGGGAAGAGAAUUGGCUAAUGCCUUGCAUGCUGUUUCGGCUGCUGAAACUAGGGCUGCCGUUGCUGAGGCCAAACUUUCUGACUUAGAGAAAAAGAUGAAAACGUCAGAUAUUAAGGUUGCUAAUGUGGACGAUGGUGGCAUUCCUUCCUCUAUGUCAACUACUGAGGUGGUCACGGAUUUGUUAAUGGCAAAGGAGGAAAUCAAAAAAUUGAAAGAGGAAGCACAAGCUAACAAGGAGCAUAUGCAACAGUAUAAGAGUAUAGCACAGGUAAAUGAGGCUGCAUUAAAGCAGAUGGAAGCUGCUCAUGAAAACUUCAAGAUUGAGUCAGAAAAGUUGAAGGAAUUAUUAGAAGCCGAAGUUCGCUCACUCCGAGAGCGGAACUCAGAACUUGAAAAUGAAUUGAAGUUGAAGUCUGAAGAAUUAGCCUCUGCUGUUGUGGGAAAAGAAGAUGCUCUUGCUUCUGCGCUGUCAGAAAUAGCUCGUCUGAAGGAAGAAAGCUCAAGUAAAAUCUCUCAAAUUAUGGAUUUGGAGGCUCAAGUUUUUGCUGUGAAAGAAGAUGUAAUGAAGGAACAUCAGCGCUGGCGUGCUGCUCAAGAUAACUACGAAAGACAGGUUCUUCUACAAUCUGAGACAAUUAAGGAGUUGACAAGAACAUCGCAAGCUUUGGCCUCAAUCCAACAGGAAACAUUUGAUCUGCGUAAAUUGGCAGAUGAACUAAGAAACAAUAAUAGUGAAUUGAAGGUCAAGUGGGAUGUAGAUAAAUCAUUGCUUGAGGAAUCAAAAAAAGAAGCUGAGAGAAAGUCUAAAGAACUUGACGAGCAGAACAAAAUAUUGCUUAAUCGACUUGAGGCUUUACACAUUCAAUUAGCUGAGAAAGAGCGUAAUGUUGCGGGUAUUUCUUUUGGAAGCACAAUUUCAGAUUCACAUAGUGAUGCUGGAUUGCAAAAUGUGAUUAACUAUCUUAGAAGGUCAAAGGAAAUAGCACAAACUGAGAUUUCUUUGCUAAAGCAGGAAAAACUUCGAUUGCAGUCACAACUUGAGAAUGCUCUGAAGGCUGCAGAAACUGCCCAGGCUUCUCUCCAUGCUGAGCGUGCAAAUUCAAAAGCGUUACUAUUCUCAGAGGAAGAGAUCAAUUCGCUUCAACUUCAGGUUAGAGAAAUGAACUUGCUCCGUGAAAGCAACACCCAGCUCAGAGAGGAAAACAAGCACAAUUUUGAAGAGUGCCAGAAAUUGCGCGAAGUGGUACAAAAAGCUAGGGUUGAGUCUGAUCGUCUGGAAUCUCUAUUGAGGGAGGGACAAAUUGAGAUAGAAGCUUGCAAGAAGAAAAUUGAAAUGGAAAGGAUGGAGAAAGACCAUCUAGAAAAGAGAAUUUCUGAGGUACUUGAGAGGUCUAAAAAUAUUGAUUUGGAGGAUUAUGAUCAAAUGAAGAAUGGUGUUCAAGAAAUUCAGGAGAAAAUGAAAGAGAAAGAUUCUGAGAUCGAGGAAGUAAGAAAUCUCGUGUUAAAACGGCAGGAGACUAUAUUAAAAUUAGAGCAAGACCUUUCAAAGGGCGAAUCAGAACUGAGUCAGAGGGAGAAGAGGAUUAGUGACAUUUUGCAAAUAGAGGCUGGUCUGAAAUCAGAGGUCGAGAAGCAGAAGAAGUUGGCGAUUCAGUGGAAGAAAAAAUCUGAAAGCCUAUCAAGGGAAAAGGAUGAAUUUAGCAAGGAAAAACAGGCACUUUCCAAACAGAUUGAGGACCUGAAACAAGGUAAAAGGUCCCUCGGGAAUGUCAGUAGUGAGCAGGUCAUGAAGGAAAAAGAGGAAAAAGAACAUAGGAUACAGAUUUUGGAGAAAACUGUGGAGAGGCAGAGAGAUGAAUUGAGAAAGGAGAAAGAGGAUCGUCGAGCAGAAAAAGAAAAAAAUCGUAAAACUAUAGAGAACUUGAUUGUCGAGAAGGUCAAACAGGUUGAACAGGAGAAGUCGAAGUUUACAAAUAAACUUGAGGAACAUAAGGAGGCUUUGAGGCGCCUUUCGAAUGAACUAGAAAAGCUUAAGCACGCUGAAGGAAAUCUUCCAGAGGGUACCUCGGUCAUGCAGCUUCUUUCUGGGGCUGUCUUGGAUGAUUUUGCUACUGCUUAUGUCUUGGCUGUUGAAAGUUUUGAGAAGUCUGCAAAUUCUGUUUCUGUUCAGCUUGGAGCUCCUGCUGCUUCUAUAGAGGCUUCUAUUCCAGAUGCUUCUGUUGCUGCUUCUGCAGGCCAGUUAGUUUCUUCUCAGCCCACCAUAAGUUCGUCUGUCGCCCCUAGUUCAAGUCACUUAACUGCUAAAGCAGCUGAAGGGAAAGAGAGACGGAUGUCUCUACCUAAAGCAAAUAUUGAAACUCGUAAAACAAGUAGGAAGUUGGUGAGGCCCCGGCUUGUAAAACCUGCUGAGCCUCAGGGUGAUGUGGAUAUGUCGGAGAUUGAUGGAUCUAACACUCUGGGGAAGGUUGCACCAACUCGCGAUUCUGAAAGUCAGCAGAAUCUCACUUCUCUACCUCAAGCACCAGCCCGCAAACGUGUAGCUUCAUCUGCUUCUGAACUGAAUGAGCAGCCGGUUAAUCAAGGGGAGAAUAGUACUGAUUCAGGAGCACGUAUGGUAAAAAGACCCAGAGGUUCUGAUUCAUCUCACGAGGGUACUGAAGGUCAAUCUGCUACCCUAUCAGAAAGUGUGGUAACUCUGCCAGUUGUAGAGGAAGCUUCAGAUGCAGUUGGUGAUUCAACUCCAGGUUCAAAUGAGGAAGGUGGUGUUGAGAAAGAAGAGUUGGAAACUAGUGGGGAGAAAGGUGAGCUUCCCAAAGAGUCUGAGCAAUUAGAUGAUCUUGCUGAUGGUCAGAAUGAGAAGAAUGAUGUUGGGGAAGAGAUUUUGGAAAAGCCAAGUGGAAAUGAAAUGGACUUUGACCGCAGUGCAAAGGAUCAGGUUGCAGAAGACUGCCAACAAACUAUGAUGGAAUCUGAAAGUGAGAGGGAAGAGGGAGAGCUAGCGCCUGAUGUGACAGAAGCUGAAGAAGGCGCCAAUAUGUCUAAUGUGAUGGGGAGCCCAGAAAGUGGCGAGGGACUAGUAGAGGUUGGCAUUACUCCUGUGACUUCACCAGCUAGGUUUGAUGAGGAUGUCGGUACUGCAGAAGUGGAGUUUGGUGAAAUUAACCAUCCUGAGGUUGUCAAUGAAGAGAAGAAUGAUGAAGGUGAUCUAGUUGAGGAGCCCGCCGAGUGUUCUGAUAAAUCAAAUGAUGGUAACGAUCAGAUUGCAGCGGAGACUGAUCAGAAUCCUGAAACCACUUCACAAGCUGUUGAGAAUGCAGCAGCAAAUGCCACCACAGAAGUUGAUGUCUCAAAACAAGCAAUGGGAACUGAAGAUGUUAAACAGGUAUCCCCUGCAAGUAGUACCUCGACUGUUGUAGAUUUAGCAAAGCGAGCCAGGGAGAGGGCUAUGCUGAGACAGUCUGGAGUUACAGUGCUAUCUCCUCCAGGCAGCAGGGGUCGUGGACAAGCAUUACGUGCUCGUGGUGCUCGUGGUGCACGGGGCGCACGUGGUGGGCGAUCUCAACAGGGGCAUUCUUCUGGUCAACAGGGUUGAAUAAUGAUAGAAUUUAAGGCCGCGCCACAUUUUUGUUUUCAAAUUUGCUUUGCUGUGAAAAAACUUGGACAGUUAAAAGAGUAUAGAUUAGGCCUUCUGAUAGAACUAGGCGUUUUAGACUCGAGGGGAAUUGUUUUUCUGAGACCUUUUAUUUUAUAUAACAUUUUAUUUCUAAGUA